AUGUCCGUCGAAGCAGUUUCGGAGCAGUUGCAAGACAUCUCACUCAAUACUUUCAGAACAGGCGUUGCUGCUGUGAAAGCAGAGUUCUUAAUCACGAAGGACAAUGAUGUGAAACUGGCCAAUAAUGACAGCGAAAACGGAGAAGAAACUCCGCCCUCGAAUCUGCCGGCUACUAAUGUAGGAGAUGACAGACGGUCAAAGAAAGGAAUGAAUAAACAUAGAAUGAAGGAAAUGAAACAAGCUGAGACCGUAAUCCGGGCUUCGAAUGCACGAUUAUGCCCUUCAGUCAUUCAGCCGGUGAAAUGCAAGUUUGGAGAAAAAUGCAGUUUGAUGCAUGACAUCC